UGGUUGUGUAUGUGAAAAUUAGAGCGAUUUAUAGCUCUUUUUAUGCAGCUCAUUAAUUCAGUUACUUAAUAUAUAAGGACACUUAGAGGACUGUGGCAUGGUCAUGGAUAUUUUUGAUUUCAAAUGAAUGCAUGAUAAUUUCAUUUAUAUUACUGGGAGACAUAUGAAUUUCAGUGUGGGGAAAAGUCUUUAAAAAGCAGGACUUUGCUAUUGGAGGUAUAUCUAGGCUUUUCCUGAGUUACAGACAUGAGACAACUAGAACUAUUUUCUCUCUUGCAAUAAGGUUAAUUAGUAAAAUGCUUUUUAGAAACUAAUCUUUUAUCUUUGGGCUUAUUUGACUAAUUGACAUUCUAAAUGAAUAUAAAGUAGAAGUUUUAAAGCUUUUAAUUUUAGCUUGUGCCUGAACCCUUCUGUGAAAGGUUGCAAACCUACAAACAAAGAAUCAUUUGAGGAGAAGGGGCAGGGCCAGCUUUCAACAGGAUAAUAUCAAUCUAAUCUAAUUUAAUCUAAUCUAACCAUGCUUGUCACAAUUUCAUAUCUAUUUAUAUAUAUGUUCUGAUAUAUUGCUUAGCAGCAGAGCUUUGUCACACUUGAGAUAAAAUUUUCCACAGAGUUGUGUGUUAUAAAGCAAAUGCAUGCAAUUUCCUUUUUAUACUGAGAUGUGUUUGCAGAGAUAAUUUCUGUACAACCUCAUUCUUUUUUUUCUUUUCUUUUCUUUUUAUUUAUUUUUUAUUCCUGAUGACUGAUGAAUGUUUAAAAUCAUCACUAAUUAUCUGGACGAUGGGGUAGAGUGCAUCCUUAGUAAGUUCACAGAUGACACAAAACUGGGAGGAGUGAUGGAUUCACCAGAGGGACAUGCUGCCAUCCAGAGGGACCUGGACAGGCUGGAGAAAUGGCCUCACAAGAACCUCACAAAGUUGACCAAGGGGAAGUGCAGCAUACUGCCUCUGGGGAGGAACAACCGCAGGCACCAGGACAUGCAGGGAGCGCCCAGCUGGGAAGCAUCACUGCUAAAAAGGACCUGGGGGUCCUGAUGGAAACCAAGUUCAACAUGAGCCAGCAGCAUGCCCUUGCCCCUAAGAAGGCUGAGUAUUCCUGGCUCCAUUAGGCUUUGUCUACAGACUAUCAGGCUGUUAGGGAUUGUAUUUAAGAAGACAAAAUGCAUAUUGUAUGAAUGAAUAGCAGAGUUCCUGAUGCCAUUUAAUUCUAGACAAUAUCCUGUUAAAUAUUAAAAAAUGGAACUAGAAGAAGUGGAAACUCCUGUAAAGUUUAAACCAGUAAAUAAUAGCCAUUUGGAGAGUGAUUAAUCUCACAAAAGCUGAUGUAUCGACUGCUUUUAACAUAUCAAGAUCUGGUUAUCUAUGCCAGACCAAAAUUUCAGAUAUGAAGUACAUGGCAUGUAGAUAUGGACUUGUUCUAAUCACGAAGUUCUGUUGUUCUGUCAAGUAUUUCCCACACCUACUGCAAGAUAUAAAAGUUGAAGGUCUCUGGAGUUUUCCUGCAUUCUUACCUUCUGCAGGCUUUUGCUUUUAAUCUGAAGGAAAAAAUGAACGGAUUUGCUGCAAUUUUCAUUUUGCUGGGAGUCUUUUGGACUCAAACUUCUGCAUUGCAAACUUUUGUCCUGAACGAACCUAACAAUGAUUAUGUCACGGCAACUAUGACUAUCAGCAAUGAGAAGAACCUUGCUGACGUCCAUGUCCGUUCUGGCGUGUACUCCUCUGAUACUAUUUUUGACUACAGUCAUGGAUAUGUUGCAACAAGGCUGUUUUCACGAAAUGCUUGCUUUAUUUUGAAAAUAUCUGAGGCUUCCAUCCCAGAGCUGCAAGAAAUUGGACGCCUGGCUUUUGAGAAAAAGACUAUGAAGAAAGUGUAUUCUCCACAAAAUGUGUGGGUACAGUAUCAAUCCGGCAAUUCCCUGUUUGGAAAUGUGAAGGAUUGGUUUCUCUAUGGUAAACCCAUUGAACAACUCUGCAAGGGUCUGCCUCUCUACAAGCUUGUGAAGAGUGAACAACCACUACUGAAUUAUCAUAGCUGUGCCAGCGCAGGAAUUCCAACCAUUCUGGGCAUUAACAUCUGUGAAAAACUCCAAAAAUCUUGAUUUUUACAGUUCUGCUUUAUGGAAAUGUCUCAUUUAUCUGUGUGCUUUUGUGAUAGAAAACAUUCUUAAACUGGAACAAAACAUACUCAUCUUACCUGUCCUAAGCUUUGAAGACAAAAAAAUGUAUGCUCUACAAAUAAAGAUAAUGUGGUAAUUCAAA